AUGCGGAUGAGGGUCUCACUGCUGCUGCUCGCCGCCGCGGCGGUGGCGGCCGCGGCGGAGGCUGCGCCGUCGUCGACGUUGGCCGGGCCGACGCGGCCGGUGACGGUGCCGCCGCGGGACAGGGGCCACGCGGUGGACCUGCCGGACACGGACCCGCGGGUGCAGCGGCGGGUCAAGGGGUGGGCGCCGGAGCAGAUCGCCGUCGCGCUCUCCGCCGCGCCCUCCUCCGCCUGGGUCUCCUGGGUCACGGGGGACUUCCAGAUGGGCGCCGCCGUCGAGCCGCUCGACCCCACGGCGGUCGCCAGCGUCGUCCGCUACGGCCUCGCCGCCGACUCGCUCGUCCGCCGCGCCACCGGCGACGCCCUCGUGUACAGCCAGCUCUACCCCUUCGACGGCCUCCUCAACUACACCUCCGCCAUCAUCCACCAUGUCCGCCUCCAAGGGCUUGAGCCAGGGACAGAGUACUUCUACCAGUGCGGCGACCCGGCGAUCCCGGCGGCGAUGAGCGACAUCCACGCGUUCCGCACGAUGCCGGCCGUCGGGCCGAGGAGCUACCCGGGGAAGAUCGCCAUCGUCGGGGACCUUGGACUGACGUACAACACCACCUCCACCGUCGAGCACAUGGUGAGCAACCAGCCCGACCUGGUCCUCCUCCUCGGCGACGUCAGCUACGCCAACCUGUACCUCACCAAUGGCACCGGCACAGACUGCUACUCCUGCUCCUUCGCCAACUCCACGCCCAUCCAUGAGACGUAUCAGCCGCGCUGGGAUUACUGGGGAAGGUACAUGGAGCCAGUGACGUCGAGGAUUCCGAUGAUGGUGGUGGAAGGGAACCAUGAGAUUGAGGAGCAGAUCGAUAACAAGACGUUCGCUUCUUACAGCUCCAGAUUCUCGUUCCCAUCGACGGAGAGUGGAUCAUUCUCUCCAUUCUACUACUCUUUCGAUGCUGGAGGCAUCCAUUUCAUCAUGCUCGCGGCUUAUGCUGAUUACAGUAAAUCAGGGAAGCAGUACAAAUGGCUGGAGAAAGACUUGGCAAAGGUGGACAGGUCGGUGACCCCCUGGGUGAUAGCCGGCUGGCAUGCGCCAUGGUACAGCACCUUCAAAGCUCACUACAGGGAAGCAGAGUGCAUGCGAGUGGCCAUGGAGGAGCUCCUCUACUCCUACGCCGUCGACGUCGUCUUCACCGGCCAUGUGCAUGCUUACGAGCGUUCGAACCGGGUGUUCAACUACACGCUGGACCCGUGCGGCCCCGUGCACAUCUCCGUCGGCGACGGCGGCAACCGCGAGAAGAUGGCCACCAGCUACGCCGACGAGCCGGGGCGCUGCCCUGACCCGCUGUCCACGCCGGACCCCUUCAUGGGCGGCGGCUUCUGCGGCUUCAACUUCACCUCCGGCCCCGCCGCCGGCAGCUUCUGCUGGGACCGGCAGCCCGACUACAGCGCCUACCGGGAGAGCAGCUUCGGCCAUGGCAUUCUUGAGGUGAAGAACGAGACGCAUGCGUUGUGGAGAUGGCACAGGAACCAGGAUCUGUACGGUAGUGUCGGGGAUGAGAUUUACAUUGUUCGGGAGCCUGACAAGUGCCUGAUCAAAUCCAGUAGAAAUAGAAUAGCUUACUAUUGAUUAAUUUCUAUCAGAAGAAGAGCCAAAUUACGCGGGCACAUUUUAUAGUGCUUUGCUAGCUAGUUGUACUCAGAUUUGUCAGGUAAAUUCCAUGCAGCGACCGGCAUCUCUGCUGUUGUAUACGUGUUCUUGUAAGACAUCUGAAGAAUGAAUGAAGCUUAAAUUGUACUUUGUAAUUUAGUUGUAGAAAUUUUGGAAUUAUUACAAGAUGGAAGAAAGCCUUGCAAAAUAGGACUGUGCUUGUUCUUCA